UUCAUAGUGUGCAUCUGCCCCCCUGAUAAUGCCAGCUCCACCGCCUAGUAGCUACUCCAUGGGGCAUGGCCCCAGUUGCUGGGACCUCAAAAUGGGCUUCAUGAUGGGAUUCUGUGUAGGCAUGGCAUCUGGGGCUCUGUUUGGGGGAUUCUCAGCUCUCAGGUACGGAAUGCGUGGUCGUGAGUUGGUGCAGCAGGUGGGAAAGACAAUGGUACAGGGAGGAGGGACGUUUGGGACGUUCAUGGGAAUAGGAACUGGAAUCCGGUGUUGACAUGAGUGUGUGUUUCGCAGUAGACUUGUUUAAAGAAGCGUGCUUGAGUUGACGAUCACCAAAGCUGACAUGUCAUGAGUGAUGCUCCAGCCAAUAUGGCCAGUUUUGCACAUGAAUGCAGCAUUUCUAUCACGUCAUCAUUACGUUAUGUGUUUAUAAAUGUAUAUGUAAUAAAAUUGCAAAAAUA